AGUGGGUCGGCAGUACGGGCCAGGAAUCCGGGCAGAGUUGUCAUAGGCAUGUGGACGCUAGGCUGUAGGGCUACGGGCCAGAAAUCCAGGUAGGGGGACAGUAAUAGGCGAUGAUAGGGUAGUCGGGAUGGGACUUCAGGUGAGAUGAGUGAGAAGAGGGCCAAGCACACGGAUGGCUGAUGACUGGUGAUGGUAUACCUCACAAGUGAGGUAAGGGGGAAGAAAGAGAGAUAGCCUAAGUAAAAUAAAAAGUAAAGUAAAAAACGUAACAUAAUGAGAUGUUGGGGCUAAAUUGGGUAGGGCCUAUGUCAUUUGUUUUUCACACCACACAUUCAGUUUUUGUUUAUUUACACAGGCUUCUGGGCUGCCCAUCAGUUUACAACCAGCCUAUUAUUGUCAGAAUACUAUGUUGUGUUAAAGCAGCCGUAUUGAGACGAUUACUUACUUUGGCAAGCAUAGUGUGCUGGUUGAAAUUGAUUUAGCUAAAUUAAUUAUUUGAGGAAUGAAUGAACGUGUUUGUGAACGCGCGCGCGCGCGCGCGCGCGUGUGUGUGUGUGAGAGAGAGAGAGAGAGAGGGAGAGGUAAAGAAGAGGGAGGGGAUGUAGCGGGCUUGUGCUUGAGAGGAUAUGAGAGGCAGACCCAGCUUUAAUAAGAUACGGAUAAAAGGAUCUCUCGGUCAGUUCCAUCGGUGUGCUUCGGAGCUCAACAUUAAGAAAACAUCGCGGCGGACAGAUGAUACUGUCUUGUUUGGAUAAUUGUAAGAAUAAAAUUCUCGUCUCGUUCGUGUGCUAUAAACUGCAUAUCUCUCGACUAUUUUAAGUCUAAUUCAGCAGGGAAACAGGUGUUACAAGUCAGCACAGGCGAUGGGCACCCUGAGAGACCUUCAGUUCGCCCUGCAGCUGAAGAUAGAGGAGCUUCGCCAGCGGGACACACUGAUCGAUGAGCUGGAACUGGAGCUGGACGCUAAGGACGACCUCAUUCGUCGCCUGCAGGGGGAGCUGGACCGCAUGCGGGUCAGUCUCGGCACCCCUGGGUCCUCCGCUGCAGGGUGCUUAGCGCUGCGUAAUUCCUCACAGAGGAUAAAGAGGAGGGCAGUGGUGGCCGAGCCGCCGAGCUGGGACGAGAAGCAACCUCCUCAGCCCACAGCGUCGAGUCACAGCAAAAGCCCGGAGUCUCAGGAACUGAUAAGGGGGACCCUGAUGGAAAAUGGCUUCACCAAACACCUGGAGCGGGGGCAGAUCCUGGCAAUAGUGGACUGCAUGUACGCCACAACAGUCAGCCAAGGCUCAUGUGUCAUUCGGGAGGGUGAGAAUGCUUCCCUUGCGUAUGUCAUAGAAGAGGGGAAGAUGGAGGUCACCAAGUCUGGCCACAAGCUGCAGAUGUUAGAAGCGGGCGCGUUGUUUGGAGAACUGGCCCUCCUUCAUAACCACACGCGCUCAACCACGGUCACAGCCGUAAUGAACUGCAAGCUGUGGGUCAUAGAUCGCCUGUCGUUCCAGUCCAUUAUGCUAAAGAGUGGCCUCCUAAGAAUCUCACAGUCGUUGGAUCUCUUACGCAGUGCGCCUUUCUUCCGGUCAUUACCAGAGGAUGCUCUGAUAAAGGCGUCUGAUGCCCUGGAGGAGUGUCAUUACGGUGAGGGCGAUUACAUCAUCCGCCACGGCUCCCCGGGAGACUCGUUCUUCAUCGUGAGCCAAGGCCAGGUGAAAGUAACAGAGAGGAGGUCUGUCAGUGAUGAACCGACGUGCCUGUCCACACUGAGCAGAGGAGACUGGUUUGGAGAGAGAGCCCUGCGAGGGGAGGAAUCAAGGAUUGUAAGCGUCAUGGCAGCCGGGGAUGUAACGUGCUUAGUGAUAGAGAGAGACUCUUUCAGAAAACUAAUGGGUAAUUUGGAAGAUGACAACAAAAUUGGACGUGACAACAAAGAGAGUAAAGCAAGGUGUGAAGAGAAGGAGGAGGUGUCUUUCCCACCUGACACCUGCCUCGGCGACCUCCAGGUGAUCUGCUGCCUCGGGGAGGGUCAGUUCAGCACCGUAGAGCUGGUGCAUUUCAAAGGUGACUUACGCCGUCAAUACACUUUGAAGAUCAUCCGAAAGCAUGCAGUACUCAGCUCUGGCCAGCAGGGGCGCCUUCAGACUGAGAGACGCAUCAUGUUGGAAGCCAAUUGCCCUUUCAUAGUCAGGUUGCACAAGACCUUCAGAGAUGCAGACUGUUUGUAUAUGUUACUGGAGGCUUGUCUGGGAGGUGAACUCUGGACCUUACUGAGAGAAAGGGGCACCUUUGAUGAUGCCACAACACAUUUCUACACCGCCUGUGUCGCGGAGGCUCUCUCAUACCUGCACAGCCGUGGCAUCGUCCACAGAGACCUGAGGCCAGAGAACAUUCACCUGGAUCAGUACGGCUACGCAAAACUGGUGGGUUUUGGUUGUGCACAGAAGAUUGGAUCAAGGAGGAAGUGCUGGACAUUCUGUGGCAGUACUGGAUAUGUGGCUCCUGAGAUGAUUCUGUGCAAAGGCCAUACAACCUCAGUUGACUACUGGGCCCUUGGCGUGUUUAUUUACGAGAUGCUCAGUGGGAGCCCUCCAUUUUCAGCUUCAGACCCAAUGAAGACCUACACAGCCAUACUUCAAGGCAUAGAUGCAGUGGAGUUCCCUAAGCCCAUCAGCAAGGCUGCUGCCAACCUUAUCAAGAGGCUUUGCAGGAACAACCCCUCCGAGAGGCUUGGAACACAGAGGAACGGGGUCAAGGAUAUCCAGAGGCACAAGUGGUUUGAUGGGUUCGACUGGGAAGCCGUUCGCAAGCGCACCAUUACGCCACCUAUCCUGCCUUGUGUUCAUCAUCCCCCAGAAUAUCGAGAGUCCAGCCUGCAUCAUGAUGACAAUGGCAACUCAUCACACACUGAACUACCAGACUGGGACAAAGAUUUUUGAUGUUUUCACAGACUCAGAGCAGACAGACAGCAAAGGAAAAGGAGUGGCCCCUUGAUGUAGGCUACUGGAUGUGACUGAGACACCUGGAAUGUUCCUGUCUCUAAUGGUUUUUGGACAUCUUUUGCAACACCUUUCUGUUUCUGUAUGAUGUCAUGGAUAUGGCCAAGAAUCAGUCCCUAAUGAUAUUUACAUAGACUCACACUCUACAUUUUCUCAAUGUUCUUUUCAGAUACUUUUAAGCUAUGUGAAGUUGGUUAGGAAUAGGAACGUUUUUUAAACAAGAUGUCACUUGUGGAAAUAGAUCAUUUAAGUUGUAGCCUACAUGCUUAAAAUACUACAUAUUAUGUAUAUAGUAUGGCUAUAUUAUUGAAGUGUCAGACAAGUGAUUUGUAAAAUAAAGCGUCAAGUAGGCCUAGGCCUA